GCCUCGGCGAGCAAACAGCUGUUGCUCUCAUGGGAGCGUGACAUCCCCAGAUCGUGGCCGCCUGGUGUGCUCGGAGUCGUCCUGAGGGGCUGCAGCCUUGCCAUCUGGAAAGUGACCAGGAAAGUGCGGAAGUGAGGCAACACAGGACGGUGGACUGGUGAAAUAUAGUGCCAUCUGCUGACUGGCACUUCUCGACCCUGGCUGGCCCUGAGGCACUUUCUCGGGAGUAUUUUUCAACCAUGGCGGACAAACUUAUGUUUGACGGCCAAGUGAAAGAUCUCAAGCUAGGUGAUACUUUCAAUAAGAGCUACAAGGAUGGAGCAUUUCACACCAUUCGAUAUGACUUCAAACCUGCUAGUGUGGAUAAGCAGAAGAUGGGCACUGUGGAAGUGGAGGGUAAUCACCAGGUAACAGUGACGGUGCCUCAUGUGGAGGGCUCUGGAACCAACCAGACAGUAUUCAAAGGAAAUCAUAAGCCAGUUGCCAAGGAGUGCAUCCUGAUCAUUGACCAUGUUACAGGAGAGAUUGUGCUUGAGCGAAUCUCCCAAGCAAUCAGUGUUAAGACUACAAGACCUGAAGGGAGCAGCAGGAUUCCAGCCCAACGUCCUACAACUCCUCUGGAUCCCCCUUCACGGAAAAACUCCCCACCUCAGAAAUGUUCGCCAUCCCACCCACCCUCCAGGGGCUCUGCAAACUCCUUGUCACGGCCAUCACCCUCCCAUGGAAAGUUUUCACCAUCAGCCAAAACAUCACCCCAUGCUAGGUCACCUGCUCCCAGCAAAAGCCCCAACUAUUCCAUGCCAAACCUGGUAGACCUGGAUAAUAGUUAUAUGGACAAAAAGGAUGUGUCAGAGUCUUCAAGUGACUCUGACUCAAACAGCAGUUCCUCAUCAGGCAGUGACUCAGACUCAGAUUCUGAGGUUGAACAGGAGACAGUCACUAAGAAAACUAAUGGGCAUGGGACCAUUGCAAGUGGUGACAACAUACCCAAUGGAAGUGAUCUUAUUGCUGACUUGGAGUUGUCUUCUGUCUCUGAAGACAGUGACUGAUAUAGGUAGCCAUAUGUGUGGAUGUUCACCUGUGUCAUGUGAUCCCUCCUCAUACAUAAUAAGUCCCAACAAGGCUCAUAAUGCUGAUAGAUUGAAAUUGAAGUAAGAUGAGUUUUUUUGAAUCUGAACUCUUACUGAGCUAUAAGUUAAGAAACUACAAAAAACAUGAGGAGCUUGAAGCUUGGUUAUAGAUUUUGAGAGUUGUGAUUAACUGGUAAUACACACACACACACACACACACACACACACACACACACACACACACACCAGUGUUGUUAGUCUCAAGAUCAGGUUGAUGUAAUUUUGGUCUUGAUCUUGGUCUCAUAGCUUUUGGUCCCGAGUUUUGUCUCGAGAUCAGGUUAAGACCAGCAUCAAAAAGUGCAUUGCAGUUUGGGAAGGUAAGAAUUUAUGAUCAUACACAGAGAAUUGAGAGCAUGCAUGAUAUGGCCAUUCUUGCAGUGAUAAUCUCCAUUUGCAUGCAUUUUUUAUUAGGGGAGGAAGCAGCUCAAAGGAAAAAAAAAUCCAUGUCAUUGUUAUUAGGUAAUUAAUUGUAUUGGUAAGCUCCAUUGGGGAGCCUCUGCGGUUCCACUCUUUGGUACCUAUGCAAACAAACAGCGCCGCGAAAGACGAUUGUGAAAUCGGAUUUCUUGUUGGUGGCGGUGAUCGCCGCUCAUUGGUAAUGAUACCAACAAAAGUAAGUGACUGUGAAAUUGGCCAUAGGUGCACAAGUGAUGUCAAAUAUCGAUAUGGAGACAGGACACUGCAAACAUAGCACCUUGUACACUACAACCAAGGAACACACACACACACACACACACACACACACACACACACACACUUAGAAAACUCACUGUAGAAAUGGUUGUUUUCCUAGAAAACUUACUUUUUAAAGUGAGUGAUUGCACAAUGAAUAUAAUCAUGGAUUAAAUAGAAUUUCAGAACUUGUUGAACAUAAUGUAAGUGUAAAAAAUCACUUUACCACCCCAUGGAAGAAACAUGCAAUUAACUUAAAAAUGGCUAACCUAAAUUUGAUGUUGCCAACUUGCAUAGAAAAUCAACUAUUUUUCAUUGUGCUUUAAUUAUUUUUUGAUAACCAAUGAAUGCACCUUCCUCCAUAUUGUGUUUUAACAUAGAAAAUACAGUGAGAUUGUACAAGUGAAAGAAGCAAAAUUACUAGCAAAAAUAGAACUUAAAAUAUUAAUCAUUAUGCAAGAAAAUAUUUUUUUUAGAGAUUUUGCAAUGUUUCCUGUGUCUUUUGAUACCAAAAUAUACAUACUGUAGGUACUUUUUUUUAUUAUAAUACCAAUCACUCCAUUAAUACCUCAUUUUAUGAAUUCAUUCAUUAGGUGAAGGAAAUUUCUUACAAAAAGUUACCAGAAUGGCAACAGAUUGCCACAUGUAUGAUUUAGUGCUACAAGGUUAGAAAGUUACUUUGUCUGUUUUCAGUAAGUGUAUGUUUCUCCUGAUCCUGCCAAACUCAAGGGGGAACUUUAAAUUAUCCUGUAAACCUCUAAGGAAAUGGCUGUUUUAUGGUCAUUUUACGAGGACUAAUAUAGUUAUAUCAAAAGUAGUUGUUCCUAUAGAUGACAAUAAAUAAUAAAUAAGAAA